UCGCAUCAACGGAUCCGACCCGCUGAAUUGAAAGCGGAACGGGAGCUUUAUUGGACUUCACCAAGCAGGCGCAAUGAACCACAGCAAGGAUGAAUCUGAACCUUUUGAAUAUUCGUAUUAUGAUUAUUCAGACUGGUAUUCUAAUAACCCAGAGCCUACAAAACCUCCCAAAGAAGUCAUUUUACCGUGUGACCCAACGGCCAAUGAUGCAAUUUUUCACAUAUGCAUACUCUCGGCGUCUCUGGUGAUUCUGCUAAUUCUGGCAGUUCUAACCAGGAGAAACAAACUCUGCCAGGGAUUCACAAGAGGAUCGUCCAGUAUCUUGAGUCCAACCAACUUCCUGGACCAGACACAGAGCAAAGGUGUGGCGAUGGCAGUCUUUGGACUUCUGUUCAGCAAACUGGCCGUGCUGGUGAUUGCGCCCGAUCCGUUGCCCUUCUCCAAGGACACUCCGGCUGAAAUCAAAGAGUUCAUGAAGAUAACAGCCAUCUUCUACUAUCCGGUUCUCUACUACCCUCUGAUGGUUUGUAGCACUCUACAGCAUAAGGCCGGUUAUGCGUUUGGGGUUUUACUCUCCGGCGGCCAUUUUGGUGUCCAGUUGUGGCAAAAAUUGGACUGCCCAAAGACUCCAGAGCUGUAUAAGUUCUAUUCUUUGCUAGCAGCUUUGCCUCAGCUAGCUUGCCUGGCGUAUCUUUGCGUCCACUUUGCUUUGCUGUUUAUCAGAGGAACAAAGACUGAAGAGGACCUGGAUAGCUGUUACUACAGUGACUAUGUAAAAGGUCUUCUCAAAAAGAAGAAGCCAGCAGCAAUCAGUUCGUCCUCAUCCGACAAAGCAACACUGGUGAGGAGAGUGCUGGAUGUGGCUAAGAGUUAUAUUUAUAUCCCAGAAAAAGUGUUUCGUUUUCCUCUAAAAUUGGCUGUGUCAGUCUUUGUGGCUUUGGUGGCCAUCUACCAUGUGAGUGAGCUAACAUCAUGACACAUUUCUCUAUAAUGUUACUUGGGAUUAAAAACAGCCCUUUUAUUAGUUGUAUUGGUUGUCCCAACUCUUCAUAUUGUCCGUGCCGGUAUUGAUGAGAACAUCGCCUUCCUCUUACUGGGAUUUGGGAUUAUCCUCUCUGAUGAUAGAAUGGAGGUUGUCAAAAUUGUCACUUUCUAUACUUGGCUGCUGGAAGUCUGCUACCUUUGUGCAAUGACCCUGUCUUGCAUGGUCAGUCUGGUCAUGCUCAUGAGGACCAUGGUGCUUCACAGGUCCAACCUGAGGGGACUGUACAAGGGAGACAUUUACAACCUCUACAAGAGCCAGAAGAACCUCCGUCCAUCGAAAUCUGGUGUUGUCUGUUGGAUGGGCUUGACUGGAUACCAAGCUGCAAUUGUCUGUCUGGGUAUGGUGAUCCAGACUGUGGUGUUUUUCAUCUGCUUCUUGUUCCUGGUCUUCCUUAUUAUCAUCCCCAUCUUCCACGGACGUAACCUAAUGGCCUUUGAGAUUGCUGGCAAGGCUUGGCCUGCGUGGGUCACAAUCACCUUGAUCACGGUGCUUCAACACGUCGUUGCCAAAUUUUUCUUUGUCAAAAAAGACGCCGGCACCAGAGACUUAAAUAACAGGGAGAGUUUGUUCCUUCUGACGUACCUGCUGUUCCUCAUCAACACCGUGGUGGGGCUGAUAGUGGCCAUAUGGCGAAUGGUCAUCACGGCGUUGUAUAACAUUUUACAUCUCGGCCGGGUCGACAUCAGUCUACUGCACCGUACUGCCGAAUCCUACGACCCAGCAUAUCACUACUACACACACUUUCUGAAGGUGGAGGUAAGCCAGACACAUCCGGUGAUGAAAGCUUUCUGCGGGCUACUAUUGGACUUGAUCGUCGAAGGUGGCCGAGUGGGCCAGAAAAUACGAGAAGCCGAGGAAGGGAUCCAGGAGAGCUCGCAAAGCAAGCCGACCAGCAGUCGUAGGAUUCGUUCUCGCUGGCAGCUGGUGUACACGCUGGUCAACAAUCCCUCCCUGCUGGGCUCCAGGAAGCACUUCCAGACAACGCAGAGUUUGGAGGGCGUCCUCAACGGCAGCCCAAAGCGUAGCAAGCAGACAAGCAGCAAGAGGGAAGCAGUCAAGACGCCGUCCGCUGAGCCCGUUCUUCCCAGUGAGAAGCAAGAUAAAUCUGAUUGA